GGUCGUGAUCUCCAUAAAGACGACUGCAUGCAGUGCUUGCCCUUCGACCGAUGAGAUGCCGGAGGCCGGCUCUACUGGUCAAGGGAAGGCGUCGACGUCGUCGAGGAGCAGCAAGAAGGAUGUGAUCCACAUGGAGCGGAGCCGGAGGGAGAAGAUGACCGAGUUCUACACCAUGCUGCAGUCGAUGGUUCCAAAUCUUUUCCCCAAGGCGACGAGGACGAGGAUCGUCGACGAAGCAAUAGCGUACAUCAAAGGCCUCGAAGAAGUCAUCGGAGCGCUCGAGGCGCAGAAGGCGGCGAGGGAAGCAUCGAGCGGACCGGCCACGCUGCACAGCCAACGGAGCUCGACGGUGGAGGUGUCCACGUCGGCCAAUACCGCGUUCUUCGCGAUAAGCUUCGCGGCACGGCCCGGCAUGGUCAUGAAAGUUCUGCAAGUUUUCGAGGACCACAAGGCGGAGGUCCUCAACGCCACGAUCGCGUGCAACGAUGGAAGCGUUACGGUGACCGUGACGGCGUCGGAGAUGGAAGAAGAGGCUCUGGGUAAGAUCAAGGGGGACCUCAUUAUCAUAUAGUCUCAGAGUUAGUCGCCUAC